CUGGUUCAAACAUCAUGGCGGACUGAAAUAAUUCCUGUCGCUACCGACUGACGCUAAAUCAGUUACUAGGCAUCUUUAUAGAAAACACCGUUACUUCAGCGCACAUCACUGCACUAUACUGGUUCAUAAAUAUCUGCUGAUAUAGGGUUGCUGCGGAAACUGUCACCAUGGCACCAGUAGAUUGGGAGAAGGUAAUGGAAAUAGAUCCGGACGAUCUUGGAGAAGACGAGGCUGACGACCUAUACAGUAUACUUGUAAAGGCAAAUGUAGAAGAGGAAGCGGAUGCAGAUAGACUGUUUCAAUUAUUCGAAGUGACAAGAUCGGUUAUGAAGAUCAAAGGAACCCAAGCUGACAUCACUGAAGAAGAACUCGCAAAACUGAUGAGAAGCGACCAGAAACAGAAAGAUCGAAUCUUGGAGUUAGAAGACCAGGUUGCAAGAAUGCGAGUCCAGAGUGGUCAACCCAAAGAUGUGAGAUUUCUCCAGGAACAAGUCAGAGACUUGGAAAGACAGUUGGAUUUAUUACAACGAGAAGUGAACGAACGUGAUAAAGAACUAGCGCUCGAGAAGAAAGAAUGCGAACGGUAUGCAACACGAGCAGAGGAUUCUGAACGGGAAAAGCGGGACCUGCGAAAAGAGACUGAUAUGUUGCAGCAAGAAAAUCGGGAGUUGCGAUCGCAGAUGAACGCCUGGCAGGAGAGAGAAAUGCAAAUGAAAGGUGCCGGGUUUGAGUACCAGGAUAAAAUGCGGAAGAAGAACCAGGAAUUAGCUGAACUGCUGGAGGAAAUACAGAAUCUGCAAGAAGCUAAUGAACACCUACAGAAACAGGUGACCGACUUGACUAAGAAUCUGGAUGACUCUGUGCAAGAAAUGGACAGAAUGACGGAUGACUACACCAAACUGAAAGCGGUUUUCCAGCAAUCAGAUACGUUUUUGGAAAACCUAAGGAAGGAAAAUGGUGUGCUCAAAGAACAGAUUCAUGAUUUGCAUCGACAAGUUUCCGGUAAAACGGAUGCAGAUGACGAAAUAAUGGGAGCGCUAAAUAAGAAGGUGGAUGAAUGGAAGGAAUCCAUGGCUGAGAAGGACGAAGAGAUUGAUGAACUGAACAAAGUGAUAAGUCAACAACGCGAACAGUUGAUGCAUGCCCAGAUGGACACGGAUAAAACAUCAGUGGUUGCCUUGUCACAGGCACUGCAAGAAAAAAACUUACUGAUAGAACAACUACAAAGACAGUUAGAAGAAGCUGCAGACAAGAUGGAAGAAGAGACAGCGUUACUGGAUGAUUUCAAAACUCAAGCUGCUACAGGAGGAGCACCAUCCAUUCAACAGCAGAAUCAAAUUCGUAGAUUACGUGAGACGAUCAAACAACUUGAAAUUGAAACUAAAGCUGCCGAUGAUAGAACGUCGCAAGCCGAGGCUGACGCUCGUGAGAAAGAUAAACAACUCAGUGAUGCUUUGGUUCGAAUGAGAGAAUACGAAGCAGGUGAAUACGGACUGGCUGAUGCUGUACAAGAAAUCAAAGAUGGUAAAAAACAGAUCGGUGUACGUGAUAAGGACAUUGAAAAGUUGACCCAGCACGUCAAUAAACUUGAACUCCAAAUGAAUGACUUGAUGGAAGAAAACGAAGACCUGCGUGAACGUCUUGGUCUGGAUCCUAAAGAGCCGAUUGAUCUGACUGAGUUCCGGAUGAACCGAGCUGUGCAGGCACAGCAGGACAGGGCAAUGAACCAGGUACUGACUAAAGAGAUUGAACGCCUGGAAGAAGAAAGGUUAGAUUUGAAGCGAGACAUCAGACGUCUUGCUGGAACACGAGGAGCAAGGGCCGUGGCUGAAGGUCUAACAGCAGAUCAGCUUGACGCUGUGGAUGAGUAUAUUGGAGAAAUGAAAACUGGUCGUUUUGGUUCCACUGGUGGAUCACAAAGAUUUUCAGAUACUGUAAAAAGAGCUAUGACGAUGGAAAAAGACAAGGCGUUUGAUACAAUAAAAAUAAAGGCGACACAAAUGGAGAAGGAGCUUGACUUGCAAGAGAAGAUUGCGGACAAACUCCGAACUCAGGUCAAAGAGUUUGAAACUAAAAACAAAGAUAUACAGGAGGAGAAUAAACAACUCCAGAAAGGAAUGCGAGAGAUUCUAGAUGCUAUAAAAGACAAUCAUGCCAAGCCUGGCGGCAAUGAAAGCUAUUUACAGAUACCCACUUUAGAGCGGUUGUUAGCGAUGAUGGAGGCUAGAAAUUUGGAUGGGAAAUAUGACAUGCAGGUGUUCAUGAAAGCACAGAUUGACCAAUUAACAGGACGAAAUGAUGAACUUAGACGGGAAUUGCGAGAUGCCCGUACUGAUUACGAGAAAACAAGGCUACUGCUAGAAAAAGAGAAGACUCAGGUUGAAAAACUGGAGAAAGAUCUGAAAGCUCUGAGAGAGGUUGGGAAGGGUGCUGUGGCAAUACAACAUAUGCCACUGCCUGAUGGUAUGGCUGUGUCCAGUGCUGAGGUCAUCAGCUGUCUUAAUGAACAUCUGGUGCAGGUUAUACAGGAACUAACCCUGAAAGAAGAUAUGUGUAAGAAGUUUGAAAAUGCACUAGAGGUGUACAAACGAAAGUUUGCUGUGAUGAGACACCAGCAGGGAUUGGUUUACAGUGAUUUUAUGAAUGAAAAGAAAGAGUGGCAGAGUGAGGUGGAUAAAUUACAGGAAGAAAAACGUAAACUAGAAGACCAGAAAGCUGAGGAUGGUGUGAGAAUUCAAGAAUACAAUCGACUGCUUGAGACCUUACAAGAAAGUGGUGAUGAACAGCAGAAGAGAAUAGCCAAUGCCAGUCGUAAAAUGACCGUUCUACGAGUCAAUGAGAAAACACUUACUAGAAGGUUCACCAUGUCACAGGAAGUGGAAGCCACGCUCAGAAAGGAGAACAACCGUCUACGAAAUGAGAUUGUCCAAAUGGAAGCGGCUGUCACCAAGAGGCUUGGGUAUUUGCAGAGACACAAGGAGAUGUCGCAGUUCAAGAUAGCGGCACUACAAAGAGCCUUAGAUGACAGCGUGCCGUCACAGGAUCUGCAGGCUGCUAAUAAACAGUACAAUGAACUGGCUGCUAAAUACCGUGAUCUACUGGAAACAGAUAAUAAAUUAGUCACAAGAAAUGCUCACAUUGACAGUCUAGAGAAUGAAAAGCAGAGGUUACUGUCAGAGGUUGACAUGCUGAAGAGUGAACUGUCCACGGAGAAGCAAAAACUUCACACGUUGGAACAAGCUAUAGAUGAGAUUACACGAAUAUCAGGACGAAGUCCUCGUGGUGUCAGUGACAGUGCCUUUAUCUCAAUCUCUAAGAAAAUCACAACGUUGGAGAUGAAGGAGCUAAACGAGCGACAGCGAGCUGACCAUGCUGUACGGAUGCACGAACAACAACGUAAAACCAUCACAGAUUUAGAAGAAAGAAACUUAGAACUGGAACAAAAAUUUGCCGAGCUGACUAGAAUGAACCUGGAAUCGCAAUCUAUAGAAAGGGAACUACGAGAUGAACUCGCUAACUGCGUUACCAAAAGUGUACACGACUCAGUCGUAAAGAAAUUAGAAGAGACUCAGAAAUUAGAAAUAAAUUUAAAAAUAGAGAAUUCCAAGCUCAAGGAAAUGUCUGAAGUGGCUGCUGCACAGACAGAAGCGUUAGAAGCCAGACAGGUGUCACGUGAGAAGGAGCUUACAUCAUUGAGAAAACAGCUAAUGGACAUCCAGACGCAAAGUGAUGAAAAGGCAAUCAUUGGUAAAUUACAUCACCAUAUCGUGGCGCUGCAGGUCAGUGAGGGAACCGCCGUACAGAAGUACGACCAGGCUCAGCAGAAGGUGAAAAAACUAGAAGCACAUGCACUGAGACUUGAACAGAAAUGUGAUGAGCGAGAGCAAGCGUUGUACCAUAACAAAGUAGAUGCUAGGAAUAAAUCUAAGCAUCUUAAGCGAACCAUACAGGAUUUAAGAAGACAGUUUAGUGGUGCAGUGCCUCUAAGUCAACAAGAACGAUUCUCCAAAGCCAUGAUUAAAUUAAAACAAGACAAAGAGAAGACUGAGGUAGAACUGAAAAUUGCAAAGUACGAAAGAGAAAAAGUUGAAGACAAGCUAGCUGAGAUUGAGCUUCAACACAAAGGAAUUCAAGAACUCAUAGAGACGAUCAAAGACGGUAAAGGGGCGAGUAAAGUGGCUGAAUGGCACAGUAAAUUACAAGAAAUGAGAUUACAGGAACUCAAACAAAAUAGACAAAUUAAUAAACUCAAAGAACAUUCUAAAUACAUAGAAGGAAUUAAUCUGAAUCACGAACGCAGCAUUACGAGCCUAGAGGAGGACAAUGUUCGCAUCGCAAAGGAAUGUGAGGAUAAACAGUUACUAUGGGAACAAAGAGAGGUUGAGCUUGAACGUCAAUUAGAUGCACUGGAGAGACAACACCAAGCAAUGGCUGCUGCAGCACAGAGGUUUGAGGAAGCAACCGGCUCAUUACCUGAUCCUACUUUACCGGUCGCCAAUCAAUUAGAGCAUGCAAUACGAAUGAUCAAAGAACAUAUCAAAACUAUUCUAGACAACCAGGCUGAGAACAGAGACUUGAAAAAGAAAGCUUCUGAACUUGAAAAACAACUUAAAAAUGUAGAGGAGAAUCUCUUAUCACGAGAUAAGGUGAUCAACGAGCUAAGAUUACGUUUACCAGCAACAAGUGACCGUGAUGAGUACUUCCUGGAAAAGACGUCUCAAGGAAUACGCUACAGAGAAGUUGAGGAAUCGUAUGAAAAUAAACAGGCUAUGAAAAUAGCACAGUCACAGCUGUCAGGCUUACAAGAAAGACUCCAAGCCAAAGAGGAAGGUCUACAGAAGUACAUUAGGUUACUGGAACAAGCAAGACAAGAGCUGACUGACGAGAGAAAGCUGCAUAAUGAUGAGAUGAGACUGAUGCAGAGGAAACUUGAUGACGCAACAAGUCGUGCAUUUAUGGAUUUUAAACAGAGAGCCACGGAACUUGUAAAUAAGCCUUCACCAGGUUUGUUGACAAAUAAACAACUGGCAGAGUUGGAUGAGUUGAAGGACAUGGUGGCUGAGCAGGACAAUGCGUUGUCAACAAUGAACCUGAAAUUGAAAGCAUCAAACACGGAAAUAGCAAAAUGGAAGGAAGUUGUUGAGAGAAGAAACAAAGAUCAUAUAAAUGAGAAACAGAAAUUAACCAAAGAAAAAGAAGCCAUUAUCAAAAAAAUGAACGGUAAUCUUGAGGAGCAGAAAAAUAUAGUGCAAGAAAAACAAAAAGAAAUUGAUAUGCUGAAUACAGAGCUUACAACCCAGAAGGAAGCCAAUGCAAGGGCUCCAACAACCAGUAUGAAGAACCUGGUGGAUCGGUUGAGAAAUCAAUUGGCACUGAAAGAAAAACAACACAAGUCUUUAAGCCAAGCCCUGAUGCAGAUUAGAGCCGACAUGAUACAGACAGCACAGGACAACGUCAAAGCCAAUGCAGAGGAAUCCCAAUUACAGAAUAACAUACAGCGAGUGGUUGACAAGCAAACAAGGCAAAUACAGGACGAACUAGAAGAUGCAAAGGCGAGAGCUGAAAAAUCACGCAAAGAUCUGAAAAAACAGAAGUUAAAGGAAGAGUCCCUAGCUGCAGAGAUAACUGAAAUCAAAGAGGAACUUGAAAAGAAGGACACAGUGGUGCAGAGAUUAAAACUAGAAAAGAAGAAGAUGGAGAAAGAAAUUGAGGACUUAGAGAAGACAAACGAUCGGCUGGCUGCCAAGAAUCAGAGAGUUCUAGAUGCAGAUGCAAAACAAGCAGAGAUCGAAGAGCUGAGCCGAAAAGUAAAAAUCCUUGAAAACCGACUGAAGGAUGAGAAACAGAGAAAAACAGGAAUGGGAACAUUGUCACAGACAAUGAAGAAAGAGGAGUCUGCUGUGGAAGUCGCUAAGUGGGAAGAAAGCAAAAAAUGGGAGAAGAGGGUAGAGAGUCUGAGAAGCAGAAUAAAAGAAAAGGACAAAGAAAUCGAACAGCUGCAGAAGCAAAACCAAAUGAUGAAAGAUGCCCUAUCAAGAGCUGACAGAGAUAAAAUAUCCUUACAUCAUAAACUAAAGAAGACUGGCGCUGCUGAACCUUUGUUAUCUAAGACAACAGACAUGUCAAUGUUAUCUGCUAGACCAUCAGAUUCAAAGAUUCAAGAUUUACAACGCAAGAAUUAUGAACUGGAAGAUGAGAUUUCAUCAUUGAAGCGACAAUUGGCAAUGAGCAGAGAUGCUGCCUUUGAAGAAGUUCAAACCAGAAACAGAUUACUCAGUGAAAAACUGCAAGUUAUUGAAAAGGAAUUUGCUAGGCGGACACAAGAUCCUUCAGGUUCUGGAGGAUACAACGAGUUCCGAGACAGAGAACAGGAAUUGCAGAAACAGAUCCUAAAGCUAUCGGAGGAAAACAUUGAGAUGAAAUUUGAUGCAGAACAGAUGAGGCGUGACGUGCCAAGAUUGCGCGAUCGAGUCGAAGAUCUGGAAGGAUAUGUGAAGGCAUUGAAAUCUGAUUUGGAAAAAGAACGAGACUUGAAUCGAAGUUCUAGUAGCAGUCUGCGAAAGUCACUUGGCAGCAGUGGUAAAACUGCAGGUGAGCUUGAGAGGACUAUAGGGUUGAUGAAGAAAGUUGUAGAAAAAGUACAGUCUGAGAACGAAGAAUUAAAACGAGCUCCUGGCGUCUUGUAUCAAACCAAGGUCAAAGAACUGCAAGAUGAUAAUAGAUUACUAAAGGAACAACUGGAUAAAAUCCGUCUGCAAUACGGUGGCCAACUGUCUAUGAGGUAUGAAAGCAAAGAACUUGGAAUCGCUAAGGUUGUCAGUGAGAAUGACAGACUGAGAAAAGAACUGAAGAGAGCAAAUGACAAGAUGGAGAAGGUGAAAGUUGAACGAACUCAAAUGGAAGUCGAGAGAAAUAAACUGUUGAGAGAUUUAGACGAGGUCAGAGAGAAACUUGAGAUUGAAGCGGCUAGAGGGCCUAGACUGGAAACAGCUGACAGCCAGAGCUGGAAAUCUAUUGUAGUUACAAGAAUGUACGAGGAAAAAGUCAGAAAUAUGGAACAAGAUGCCGAUAAAAAGAAUCGUAUUAUACGCGAUAUGAAGAAAUUAUUAAAAGAGUCAGCAGAAAGAGAGCAAGGAUUGAUGCAUGAAAAUGAGGGAAUGAAAGAGAAAGUGAUGGUGCUAGAGAGGUAUCCUAGUGAUCUGAAAACAGACAGUGAGUCGUCAGGGAAUUUCAGCAAACAAGAUUGAAGGUAGAUCGUUUAGAAAACGAGAAAGCUGAGUUAUUGAAUGAACUACAACUAGUUCGUAAGGAAUCUAACCCACUAGCGGGAACACCCGCUGAUAUCCCACAAGAUGAGAUUGUGGACAAAGUACGCAGUUAUGAUAAACUUUUAACAGAGAAUGUGGAAGUCCGAACAGAAAUGAAAUCGCUGCAGUUGGAAAGGGAUCAACUGGAUCGAGAAAAUGAAAAGCUUCGCAAAGAGCUUCAGCAGUUUGGACCAGAGUUUUUUGAAGAAAUUGAAGACUUGAAAUUCAACUACAGGGAAUCUGUCCAAAGAAAUGUCCAUUAUGAAGAUCAGCUUACUCAGCUUUCAAAACAGUUUGGUGUCCAAGUCAGUAUAGGGACAUAACAAUUGUAGUAUUGUUUUUCUUCCAUGCCAAGGCAAA